UCUAACAAACUGUAUAAGGCAUUACUAUUUAAGAUUUCCAGAUGUCAUCAGCUUCUUUGCAAUGUGAUGCUUUUGCAGUGAAGAAGAUUCUUGACUAUAAAAGAUGAAGAGUCUACUUUUUCUGGUGCUGAUUUCUUUUUGCUGGGCUGAGCAUCAUGCUGCUAACUUCACUCUGGAGCAUGAUAGAAUAAUUCACAUCCACGAAAAUAGACCUCAGCUUCUUGUGAAAGCAGAGCAAGCUAAAGUCUUCUCAAAUCGUGGUGCCAGUGUUACACUGCCAUGUAAAUUUUACCGUGACAGUACAUUACCUGACUCAGGAUUCCACAGAGUUCGUGUCAAGUGGACCAAACUCACCUCAGAUUACCUCAAAGAAGUGGAUGUCUAUGUUGAAAUGGGCUACCACAAAAAAAGUUAUGGAAAUUACCAAGGAAGGGUAUUCUUGAAGAAAAGCACUGAAAAUGAUGCCUCUCUUGUAAUCUCAAAUUUAAUGCUGGAGGAUUAUGGGAAAUACAAAUGUGAAGUCAUUGAAGGUUUAGAAGAUGACACAGCUGUUGUAGCUCUAGACUUAGACGGCAUUGUAUUCCCUUACUUCCCACGAAUGGGUCGUUAUAAUUUAAAUUUCUAUGAGGCUCAGCAAGCCUGCCUCGACCAAGAUGCAGUUAUAGCUUCAUUUGACCAGUUAUAUGAAGCAUGGAGGUCGGGACUGGACUGGUGCAACGCGGGCUGGCUCAGUGAUGGGUCAGUACAAUAUCCAAUUAGAAAUCCCAGGGAGCCUUGUGGUGGGAAGAACACAGUGCCUGGAGUCCGGAAUUAUGGCUUCUCAAAUAAAGAACAAAGCAGAUAUGACGUCUUUUGUUUUACCUCUCAUUUUACUG